CCGCGUCCCGUCCGCCCGCCCUGAGCCGAGGACCCGAUCCCAAGAUGGCGGCGCCCAGCGAAAAGAGGGACGGCGGCAGCGCGGGCUGGUGGGCUGCGCUGCUGUUGGUCGUAGCGCUGAGGCCGGCGGAGGCGGUGUCCGAGCCCAUGACGGUGGCGUUUGACGUGCGGCCUGGGGGCGUCGUGCACUCCUUCUCCCAGAACGUGGGCCCCGGGGACAAGUUCACCUGCAUGUUCACCUACGCUUCUCAGGGCGGCACCAACGAGCAGUGGCAGAUGAGUCUGGGCACCAGCGAGGACCACCAGCACUUCACCUGCACCAUCUGGAGGCCCCAGGGGAAGUCCUACCUCUACUUCACGCAGUUCCAGGCUGAAGUGCGGGGCGCAGAGAUCGAGUACGCCAUGGCCUACUCAAAAGCUGCGUUUGAAAGAGAAAGCGACGUUCCUCUGAAAACCGAGGAAUUUGAAGUCACCAAAACAGCAGUGUCCCACAGGCCCGGGGCCUUCAAGGCUGAGCUGUCCAAGCUGGUGAUCGUGGCCAAGGCCGCCCACAGUGAGCUGUGACCACCCACCAGGCGCCGGGUCUCUCCCGCUGGAGGAGCCGGGGCCCGGCCCGGUGCUGGCUCUGCAGGAGCUCUGGUCCCCCCCUGUGCCCCGGGGACCCCGCAGCUGGCACAGAGUCCCACCUCUACCACACACUGGCCCCCAGGGCCAGAACGGCUGGUCCCCAUAACCAGAGGGCUCUUCUGAGGCCAGCCUGCGUCCCUGUGGGGCCCCGCCAGGCACGGGAGCCAUGUGCUCCCUCUGAACCCCCCGAGCACCCGGCUCCAGGACCACCCUCCCGACAGCCGGGGAGGGACAGACUGUUCUUUUGUAUUUAAAUAAAUAAAACCAAUAAAAAGCAGCCCGUGGACA